UGCUGCAAAAGUGCAACACAGCAGACAAACGCUACCCGUGAACAGUACCUGUAGCUCAUAUUAAUAGCGAUUAGCUCGAUAUAUAUGAUAUGAAUCACUGCUCCUUUAAGAGCUGAACUUUGCUACAGUUUUCUAUUCGUGCUGCGUUUAACCAAGGACGACUCGCACAUGCACUAAACAAGAUGUCAAGGAAAGUGAUUGAACUGUUUUACGACGUGGUCUCGCCUUAUUCCUGGCUGGGUUUUGAGGUGCUGUGUCGCUACAGAAAUGUGUGGAACAUUGACCUCAAAUUACGCCCCGCCUUUCUAGGAGGAGUCAUGCAAGCAUCAGGUAACAAGCCACCUGCGAUGGUGCCAAAUAAAGGUCUGUACAUGAUGAAGGAUCUGAAGCGGCUGGCGUCUUAUAUGAACGUACCUCUGCAACACCCGUCUGACCCGUUUGAGGUUAUGUUUAACAAAGGUUCUCUCUCUGCAAUGCGCUUUAUAACAGCCGUAGCGGAGAAAGAGAAAGAUAACGAUCGCCUUUUGGAGAACGUUUCUAGAGAAGUGUGGAAGCGAAUCUGGAGCAUGGAUCAGGACAUCUGUGAGCCAGCGUCUCUCUCUGAGGCAGGACUGAAGGCUGGUUUGUCCUCCAGCGAAGUGGAAGAAGUAAUCAACCUGGCCAAGUCUGAGCCAAUCAAAAACAAGCUGAAACAAACUACACAGGAAGCAAUCAACUAUGAGGCGUUCGGGUUUCCUCUCAUUAUCUGUCACGUCGACGGAAAACCCCAGAUAUUCUUCGGAUCGGACCGGUUCGAGCUCAUGGCUCACUGCAUCGGAGAAAAGUGGCUCGGUCCUGAACCCAACAAGCCCACUUCAAAUCUGUAACAACACCAUGUUUAAGCAUUAUUUCAAUAAAGUGUGUACCUACUCCUAA